AUGAAGAUCUUUAUUUAUCUUCUUCAUUUUCUGUGUUAUGUGACCUUCAUUCUACCAGCCUUGGUGGAUCCUGAUCGAUGCUCAAAAUUGUAUGGUCAAUGUAAGAAACGCUGUUCUAAACAUGAAAAGCAAAUUGAAAUAUGUUUGUCACCAAGUAAAAUCUGCUGCAUUGAGAGGGCGUUUGAAGACGAUUUAUCUUGA